UUUUAAUUUUAUAACCCAACUUUUACUCAUAACAACAUGAACAUAACCAUAUAAUUCUGCAUACUGUACUUGUUAUCUGCUAACUGUUUUAUAAAGCCAUCAAACUAAUAUUUUGUAAUUGUUAUUGUUAAGUUCUUCUUUUGUCUUAAGUGUAGUGUUAUUAAUGGCUAAAUUAGUGAAAAAACCUAGAAAAAAUGGAUAUAAGUUGCCUGAUCCCUUACCAUUAGGCGAGAUAUUGGAAGACAUUAACAAAAAAAAGUGGAUAUUAGGACCGUCUAUAGGAAAAGGUGGUUUUGGAGAAAUAUAUUCAGCAAGAGAGUAUACGGAAUCUUCUAAACCAUCAAAACAGUAUCCUUAUGUUAUUAAAAUUGAACCUCAUGCUAACGGUCCCCUUUUUGUAGAAAUGCAUUUUUAUAUGCGUAAUGCAAAGCCAGAUGAAGUUUUAGUCGACGCUUUUCGAUUGUCAAAAAAAAUGCACCACUUUGGCAUGCCCAAGUACAUCGCAUCAGGCUCACAUCAACAUGACAAACAGAAGUACCGAUUUUUAGUAAUGGAAAAGUUUGGUAGUGAUAUAUGGAAGCUGUUCCUUGAAAACAACCGUAAAUUCCCUCCAGUUACAGUUUUUAAAUUAGGCAUUCAAAUAUUAGAUGUUUUAGAAUAUAUUCACAGCAAAGGCUAUGUACAUGCUGAUAUAAAAGGGGCUAAUAUUCUACUUGGGGAAGAUUCCAAAAACCCUAAACAAGUCUAUUUGGUUGAUUUUGGUUUGGCUUCACACUUUUCUUCACUAUUGAAACCAGAUCCCAAAAAGGCUCACAAUGGAACAAUUGAAUAUACUAGUCGUGAUGCCCAUUUAGGAGUUCAAACUAGAAGGGGAGAUUUAGAAAUUCUAGCAUAUAAUUUAAUUCAGUGGUUAGGAUGUCGUUUACCAUGGGAAGAAAAUUUAGACCCAGCCUCUGUUCAAAAUAGCAAAAACCAAUACAUGAAUGACAUUGAACAGUUUUUGAAGACAUGUUUUAAAAAUGAAAAAGUACCAAAAACAGUUGCAAACAUAUUGAAAUAUAUAACUUCUCUAGAAGUAGGUGAUACACCAGAUUAUGAACAUUUAAGAAAAAUAUUAGCUGAUGGUAUUAAAGCUGAAAGUGGAUCUCUAAAAGAUCCUCUAGAAUUUAACUUAAGUAAAAAGACUCCAGUUAAAAGGAAAGCUGCAAGAAUUUCUGGCUCUAACAGCAGCAAUGUAGGAGAAAAAAAAGGAAAUGAUAAAGUAGUAUCUAAACUGGUUAGAAAAAACACAAAAAAAGUAAGAUCUGCAAAGCCCAAGGAAGAGAAAUCGGCAACGGAAGAUCUCAAUGGGAGCCAAAUAUUAACCCAAGAAAUGAAAAGACUGAAAGAAAAAAUUGAAAUGAAAAAGGCAAAUAAAAAAACAAAGGUAACUAAAGUAAAUCAUGGUAGGAAUUUACGUAGCAGUAAUGGUCAUGAAGAUAAUUAAACUAUUCUUUAUUUAAAACUUAUCACUAUUUUAAAAACUUAAAAUAUUCAUGGAAGGCUGAAUCUUUACUAUUGACGAAUAUUAUUCCUUAUUAAUGGUUUUUUCAGUAUUUUGCAAAUAUUAAUUAAAAUCAAGUUAGAAUUAAUAUGUACUGU